CGGCUCGGAGGUCCAAUCAAAUCAUUCAGCUCGCGGUUCUAUGUGGGCGAUACCUAUCAAAACAACGUUUUGUGUUGUAGACCGCGCGUGUUAUUUACAAAUUGAAAACAUUGACUGAAAAUAUUUAGCUUUUAACGUUUAUAGUAAUGCAGUGAUAUAUUAAAGUGUUAUUUGUCAGAAUAAGGCUAGACUUUUGAUUUAUUGACUGUGUGCGAAUAUUUAUUUGGUGCCGAAAAUGACGGCUUCCACGAUGAUUGAAUUGGAAUCCUGGAUUAUCUACCAGUGUGUGCUGAAUGAAUGCCAUGUGUCCAGCAGCUGAGCUGGAUGUGUAGCUGUUUGUUUUUUAUUUGGCACAAGUUUCUUUAAGUUUUCUUCAUGGUAUCAUCAAUGGAAGGCGGCGCCUGGUGCGCUCGCGACAUCUCGCUGCGCGCGCAAAAGAAGUUUUUGUCCCGCGUGGGCGGCGCUGCCAGCGCACGCGCACUCGUGCUCGAUGAGCAUGCCGCUAAACUGCUGGACCAGUUUUUGACGGUGCUCCGCGAGCGUCUGGAGAAGCGUGAAGCGGAGAAGUUGGUGAAGCACGUGAUCAAGUCGGCAGUGAAGCUGGGCGUGUUGCGCAGACACGGUCAGCUGUCGGCUGCUGACGAGCGCGCGUUGGCUGCGUUCCGGUCCAAGUUCCACACUGUACUGAUGGCGGUGGUGUCGUUCUGUGAGGUGGACUUCUCAUACGAUCGCGGCUUCCUCCAAGAUGCACUGCGCGAGUCACACCAGUCCCUCAAGGCCGUGGUAGAGCGACACCUCACAGACAAGUCAGUGUCUAGGCUCGCAGGAGUGUUCGCGAUCGCGUCUCGUGGCGAGCUGCUGGACGCGCUGUUCGCGGGCCAAGUGGACGAGGACGUGCUGAAGCUGUCCAGGAUGCUGCGCAAGGAACUGGACCGAGGCCUGCUAUAAUCACACACACUCACACACCCUGUGCCGUCCUUACCCAAAGCUAGAUAUACCAACGUAUCAAAGUAUUUGGACGAUUUUCCUCGAACGAGGCUUCAUGUCGACGGGACAAGCUCCCGAGAACUUCGACUAUGGGAACACUAACAAUAUCGUUAUCUCCACAAAUGGAGAUUUGAUUUUUUAUUAUAAACAAUAUUUCUAGUUAGAUUUGUAUGUACGUCUGUGCACAGUUGAUGCCGGCUUUGGGCUUGACAAUACUAUAUCAAAUUGAUACUAAGUACCACUUUUGUUGGUCUUAGAAUUCACGUCAGUCCUUGCAGGUGCAGGCUCAGAAAUAGAUUUUUGUUUUAAUACUGAAAAGGAAUAAAAAAUCAUCUACCGUGAAAAUUGGUGUAAAAAUAUUGCUCCUAAAAGAAAAAAAUGUCAGUUCAAAGUCGGUAAGCGACGUAGCAUAUCGCCUCAGCGUUCGUUUCACAGCACGUCAAUACAAUGCCUCCUGAAUGCUCUCUUCACAGAAUUGUGUUGUUCCAAAUCAUUUGUAGCGAUCUACAAGACUAUUAUGAAUACUCAGUGAGUUUAUAUUGAUAUAUGUCGGGGGAUUUUCAUUAAAUUAACUAGUGUCUACUUUCUUUGUGUUUUUAACGAGCAUUGUGACAUACUGUUUUAAUUUUGUACCUACUUUAGCUACUACAGAUAACAUAUUCUGUUUAAUACUUCCAUGAUGUUUGACUAUGUGCUUCAGUCUGUCUUGUCUUCGACUUCAAGAAAGCAUCUGUAGGUAAUCUAAUCAUUUAUGGGAUUUAAUGAAAUAAUAUCAUUUUUGAGUAAUCGACUUUUUGUAAUCAAAAUAAUUUUUUGCAAUGUAAACUUGCCUGCCGUUACUCUGCCAUUUGAAAAUGAAAAAAGGAAUACAUGUCUAUGUCGAAACACAUUGUCUUGCCCAGUUUACGCCUUUUAAUACACAGCAUUAUUAAUUUAGAGUGCAUUUAAUAGUUUGUAUAUAAAAUCAUGUUAUUAAUGUAUACUCGAAUGAUUUUUGUAAUUAUAUUUUAGUUUUUAGACAUUUUUAUUUUGUUAUAAGGACCGUUACCAUUUAAACGAGUCGUUCUUUUUUAAAAUAUCGAUAAUGAGGUUUUAAAUAUUUUGUAUUAGGAUCCAUAGACAAUUGUAUCUGUCAGUUUAAUUUUAAAAAGUCAUGUGUGGGAAAUAUUUAUCUAUGGAUUUGGAUGUGAAGAAAAUGUAAUCUACUCUACUAUUAACUAAUGUAAACGAAAAAAUAGACUAAAAACUAUUUAAGCCUACACAAUAUCUACGAAUAUACGGAAUAUUACAACGCCCUAUUGCAUUACUGAAUAAAAUCACAAAUUCAUGAACAAUUUUAAUUUCAGAUAUUUUCAAAAAAUGUUUUAAAAUUAUUUAAUUUUAUUAAUUAAUUUGUUAAGAAAAUAAAAAUGAAACGAUCUUCGCUUUCUAAUGAUUCCAUGUAAUCUUGAUAACUAUACUAUAAGAACUUACAUUAUAGUUUUUGUACAAAAUCAUAAUCACAAAACUAAACCAUUCGGAACAAAACAAAAAAAAAAAAUAACAAAAAAUGAAAAUUUUGAUAAAAUAAAAUACUUUGGACCAAAAUGAUUAAAUAUCUACACAGUUCAAACAUAUCUGAACUAGAAUUCAUAUCUUAUUUUAUUAGCAAUAAAAACUAAUUUGAAUAGUCAUAGUGUGUAACUUGUAUUGUUUUGUAUAAGUAUUUAAUUCAGUAGUGCGUGUACACUCACUCUAGAACGCACAUCUCUAACUCUCUUGCCUAAUUGUAUCACUGUUUAGUGUUUUAUACUAUUUGUGUUGGUGUUCUGGGGUUUCCCAUUUAGAGAAGGCACUUGUUCAACAACAAAAGUACUGAAAUAAUCAUUUUAGUUACAAAAUCCGUGGUAAAAGUUUUAAUUUAUCGAUAGAAAUUAAUUGAGAUUCUGUCCCAACUCUAAAAUAGAGUCUAAAUAGUGUACCUUUGUAUUGUAUUCAAUGUUGAACAUUCUGUUAUUAUUUUAUAUAACGUGAGGUAUUUAUAAAAUUGCCAUAAAUCUAAGACACAUUUUAACUAUAAAUAAGAAACUUUGUCAUUUUAAUCUAGUCUUUGCUUCACUUAGAAAUUUAUCGAUACAAUAUUUUAAAUCUUUGUGUACAUCUCUAAAUGGGAACCACCAAAUGUCAUAGCUAGAUGAAAUCAAAGAGACGUCCAAGUAGGGAUUGUAUUAAAAAAGACAAUAUCGAUGUGUAAUUUUAUAAAUGUUGAUUCCUAGACGAAUCUCUACGAGAUGUAUCUGAAAUGAAUGUUUAAAGUUAGUUGUUUAUAAAACUGGUGUGAUUUAUAUGUUAGCGUACUUAUGUGUUAGGAGUUAGUUUCUCAAAUUUUCACUGUUUCAUUGUACUUUAUGGAGGCAACGUUCACCUUGGAGCAAUAGUGAUGUUCUUGUUUUUAUCGAUAGUAGUAUCAAAUUAUCUUGAAGAAUUUUCUGCUAAUAAUUGUAUUAUUUUGAAAGUUCUUGUAAUUUGUAUUUUAAUCGUAAAGGUGAACGUUGUAACUUUAUGUUAAUAUUUUCCUACAUUUGAAAAGAUUUUUAAUACAAUGUCGAUAUAAAAAAUGGAUGGAAAUUGUAUCAUAUUUGAUGGACUCGGGCUUUAAACUGAGACAACGCGUUUUUAUGAUUUUUUUAAACAAAAAUGUAGCGGUUUUACUCUCACGAUGCAGAAUUUGUUUUAACUAGAACACUUUUAAUGCAAGUAAUACAGAAGAGUUUUAAUGACACAGUAAGAACUAUGUCGAAAUUGGCCUGGAUGAUACAUUUUUUAGUAAUACUUGAAUUAUUUUCAAUAGCACAUAUUUUUCGAAUUAUCAUCGUUAUUUAUUUAUUGUUAAUUUGUUUUAAAUGUUGAAGAAGAAAAACAAUAUUUUAUUUUCGAUUUCGAAAUAAUUAUUCAGUAGGAGUCAUUAAUUUCUACAAAUAAUGCCCAGUUGAUUUUUUUUCUAGGUAUAUAUUUUAAAUAUGUUCAGUCCAAUUUCAACAUUUUAUUAAGGUUUUAAAAAGUAAAAAGCACAUUAAGCACUUACAUGACAUUUGAAAAGAUCGCAGCGCUGUCACUAGUAUUUCAUUGCGUGACUCGUGACGCCGGUAUAAAUGUAAUAAUUUUUGUUAUAAGCUGUGUUAUGUAAUAAGAUUUGAUAUCAAAUAUACAAUUGAUAAGA